CUAACUUUACGACGGUGCUGUUUCACUGUUUCGAAUCGGUGCUCAUGGGUCGCAUGUCAACGGUCUGAAGAAGAAGACCAGUGGAAGAAUUUUUCUGGACCCAACAUUUAUAGCAAAUUAAGUUUGACGAAAGUGAACGGCUUAAUUCCAUUGCAAAAAGAAAACGAACGAAAAACGCUUGAAAAAUGUCCGGUAUUAUAUCGCUAACUUCGCGGCGCUUACCGCGUAAUGUUCUUAGUCUAGGCAUGCAAGCGGCUCGCAGCCAAGAAGUUAAUACUGCCAACGCUGUACGCCAGUAUGCCAGAUUAGCUUCCAGGCAGAGCCAACUCUUGAGCCAGAUGGGUGAAUCACAAGCCACCGUCAGUGCCUGCAGGCCCUUGGUAGCAAGCCAAUGUUUCCAUACCAGUGUUAAUCUAUGGCAACUGGAAACUGUUAAGGUGCCACCAUUUGCUGACUCUGUGUCGGAAGGUGAUGUGAAAUUCACAGUCAAAGUUGGUGAUUAUGUUAAGGCGGAUCAAAACGUCAUGGAAAUUGAAACCGACAAGACCACAGUUGGUGUGCCAGCUCCCUUUGGUGGUAUUGUAAAGAAAAUUCUCGUAAGUGACGGCGACACCGUUAAAGCUGGUCAACCUUUGUUUGAAUUGGAGAAGGCUGAAGGUGGUGCUGCUGCCGCUGCUCCAGCUGCCGAAGCUCCUAAACCAGCUGCUGCUGCACCUCCUCCACCACCACCACCAACUCCAUCACAGCCAAAGCCUGCUGCACCAAAGCCAGCAGCUGCAGCUCCUCCACCACCACCUCGUCCCACACCACCACCACCAGUCAGACCACCACCUUCUGCCCAAAUUCCCGUGGCCAGCAUACGCCCCACGCCAGCACCACAAGUGAAAGUACCUCCAGCUGAUUACUCACGUCAAAUCACUGGUACUCGCACCGAGCAGCGUGUCAAAAUGAAUCGUAUGCGUCAAAAGAUUGCUGCCCGUUUGAAGGAAGCCCAAAAUGUUAACGCCAUGUUGACCACAUUCAAUGAAAUCGAUAUGAGUGGUGCCAUGGAAUUCCGUAAAGCUAAUUUGGAGGCUUUCCAAAAGAAAUAUGGUAUUAAAAUUGGUUUUAUGUCUAUCUUCACCAAAGCUGCCGCUUAUGCUUUGCAAGAUCAACCCGUUGUAAAUGCGGUUAUUGAUGAAGCUGAAAUCGUGUACCGUGAUUAUGUCGAUAUUUCUGUUGCUGUAGCCACGCCCAAGGGUUUGGUUGUGCCUGUAAUUCGAAAUGUUGAAGGCAUGAACUAUGCUGAUAUUGAAAUUGCCAUGGCCGCUUUGGGCGAAAAGGCACGCAAGGGUGCCAUUGCUGUUGAGGAUAUGGAUGGUGGUACCUUCACUAUUAGCAACGGUGGUGUGUUUGGCUCUCUCAUGGGUACACCUAUUAUUAAUCCACCACAAAGUGCUAUUUUGGGUAUGCAUGGCAUCUUCGAAAGGCCAGUUGCCGUUAAGGGACAGGUUGUCAUUCGGCCAAUGAUGUAUGUUGCUCUUACAUACGAUCACCGAUUGAUUGAUGGUCGUGAGGCCGUUAUGUUCUUGCGUAAAAUUAAGGCUGCCGUUGAAGAUCCUAGAAUUAUUUUAGCCGGCUUGUAAACCAUUGAAAACAAAACCUUGAACUAGAACAAGUUAAUAAAGGCAAUUUUCAAAUCAAAGGCAUAAAGCUUAUACUAACGCAACGGGAAUCCUUAAAAUUCACCAAACAUCUGAAUUAGAAGAAUCUAUACACUUUUUAUUUAAUAGAUAAAGGAAUAAACGUACAUAUUGUUGAAA